AUGUUGAAGUAUAUUUGUUUUUUAUGUUGUUCUCAACACAAAAGUAUUACACUCAUAAUAUGGCAUUUGAAAAUUUAUCACAAUUUAAAUAAACAUUCAAUUUUUCAUUGUAAACAAAGUUCUUGUUCUCGUGAGCUUAUUGGAUUAAAGAAAUUUCGACAACAUUUGCUUAGACAUCAUUCAUCAUCAUCAUGUACAGUAACUGAUCAGAUUAAUGAUCAGAAUUUAUGUUCUUUAGAAUCUGAUACACAGCUUAAAAUAAAUGUAAAUAUUCCUUAUAAUGAUAUGACUAAUUUAAAAUUGUCUAGUGCUAAUCAACAUUGUAGUACACAAAAUAAUAAUUAUGAGAUACUAGAAGAAUCUAUUUUGUUAAACGAACUUGUAAAUAUUUCACCAACUUCUAAUUUUGGCGAUGAACACCAAAGUAUAUAUAGUAUUCAAAUUAAAAAAUGUGUUUUAAAUUUUAUUGCCAAACUUUUAAUGAAACCUAAUGUUACAAGUUUAUUAUUACAAGAUAUUAUUGAAGGUGUUAUUGAUAUAUUUUCUAGUGGCAUUGUAUCAGAUUUAAAAAAUAUAGUUAUGCCCAUCAUCAGAAAUUGUAAUACUUCUCAAAGUUCUGAAAUUGGUGACAUGUUUUAUUUAUUAGAAAAUGCUUUUGCUGACGUUAAAACUGAAUACCUUCGAACCAAAUUUUUUUUAAAAAACAAAUUGUUUUUUAAACCUGAAACUAUUGUUAUUGGCCAUGUUAAAGAAAAAAAAACAGUUAAUAAUGUUGAUACAGUUGCAAUGGUACCAGUACAGUGUCAUCUUCUUUCGAUGAAACUAAAUUUAAAAUAUUUUUUACAACUUCCUGGAGUUUACCAUACAAUAACUAAACACAUAAAUGAAUCGUCAAAUAAUACUGAUAUUUUAUCAUCAUUUUUGAAUGGUUCAACUUGGCAAAAAAUGAAAAAACAUUUUAAAGGAAAAACUGUAUUUCCAAUCUUUCUGUAUUAUGAUGAUGCAGAGAUGGGAAAUCCUUUAGGAUCCCAUUCUGGUGUACAUAAGAUGGGGUGUGUUUACUAUACUAUAGCUGGACUUCACCCAGAAUAUCUCUCAUCCCUAGAUAAUAUAUUUACAGCAUAUUUGUUCCAUUCAGAUGACAGAGGAAGAGAGUUUUCUAAUGACCAAAUAUUUUCAUCUCUUGUUAAAGAAAUAAUUAAUUUACAGAAAAAUGGCGUUACAAUUAAUAUAGAUUCAAAUGAUAUAACUGUUUAUUUUGCAUUAGGUUUGGUAUUAGGUGACAAUUUGGGUUUGAAUUCAAUUUUAGGGUUUGUUAGUUGUUUUUCAGCAAAUCACUAUUGUCGAAUUUGCCGAAUGCACAAAGAUGACACCAAAAAAAUGUGUCACGAGUCUGAGCUAUCUAUUAGAAAUGUACAAAAUUAUGAGUUAGACCUUGCAGUACAUAAUGUUUCACUUACUGGUAUAAACGAACCAUGUAUUUUUAACAAAAUUCCAAAUUUUCAUGUCACAGACAAUAUUGUAUGUGAUUUCAUGCACGAUAUUCCUGAAGGUGUAGCACGCUAUGAUAUGGCUUUGAUUAUUUCUGGACUUAUUGAACAAAAUUGUUUUACUCUAGCUGAACUUAAUAACCGAAUUCUCAUGUUUAACUAUGGUGUAACUGAAAAGAAAAAUACUCCUCCGUUGAUUCGAGACUCUGACAUCAAAAAAGGUUGCAUCAUCAUGUCUGCUUCAGAAAUGCUAUGUUUAGCAAGAUAUUUUAGUUUAAUUGUUGGAGAAUUAGUCCCCUACGAUUCAAUUUAUUGGAAAUUAUAUUUAACUUUACAUAAAAUUAUAGAUUUAUGUUGUACUACAAACAUUCAACGUGAUAGUGAUGUUCUGUUAAAUUCAUUGGUUUCUGAACACAAUAGACUGUUUUUAGUUUUAUCUAAAAGUAAUUUAAAGCCCAAGUACCACCUUUUGACUCACCACGGCAGAAUUCUAAAAAAAAAUGGGCCAAUUAUUCUAACUUCAAGUAUUCGGUUUGAAGCAAAACAUAAAGUUUUAAAGGCAAUAGCUAAUGCCAUUCCAUGUCGAAUAAAUCUUGGGUAUACUCUUGCAUAUAAAUUACAACUUCAAAUGGUUGCACGUUUCCUUUCUAAUUUGAGUCUUGAUGUACAAGAUCUUAAAUUAGGAUUGGGAAAAGAUGUACAUCCAUUUACUGAAUUUCCUCAAGAUUUAGUAGAUAAAUUACCUGAGGAAUUUAAAACAGAUUGUUUUUCAUUUUCUUGGUUAGAAUAUAAAGGAAUAUAUUACAGAAAAAAUAUUCUUCUGGUUUUAGAAAACAAUUUGGAUGGAUUAAUUUUUGGUGAGGUAGUUUUUAUAUUUGUAGGAAAAUCUCAAAUCCCUUUUUUUUUGUUUAAUCCUGUCUAUACAGUUGGCUUCGAUAAUCAUUUUCAUGCAUUUGAAGUAGUAAUUGAUAGUUCUAAUUCAAUCAAUUACUCAAAAUUAACUGGAUGUUAUGUUAAUGAAUUAUAUGAUAUUACCCCAAUAGUUCCCCGUAUUUUAGGCAAUUCCAAAACAUAUGCCACAAUACGAUAUGCACUUUAA